UGCUCCUCCUGUAGGGGAAUCCCCUUCAAAACUCCACGCGGAUUUGCUUUGUGGAUGUGCAAAAACCUCGUUUUGUUGUGUUUUGGGUCACUCAUAUUGCAAUUCCGUUGAUUGGAGUGUAGAUAAUCGUUUGUGGAGAGGAGGUCGGCAAAAUUAAUUAUUGCAAAGGUUUUUAUGACUGAAACUUUCGUGUUUACAAUUUCACAGCAAUGGCGCAAAAUGACAGCCAAGAGUUCGCGGAGCUCUGGGAGAAGAAUUUAAUAAGUAUUCAGCCCCCAGGUGGUGGCUCUUGCUGGGACAUAAUUAAUGAUGAGGAGUACUUGCCGGGAUCGUUCGACCCCAAUUUUUUCGAAAAUGUGCUUGAAGAACCGCCUCAGCCAUCCACUCUCCCACCAACAUCCACUGUUCCGGAGACAAGCGACUAUCCAGGGGAUCAUGGAUUUAGGCUCAGGUUCCCACAGUCUGGCACAGCAAAAUCUGUAACUUGCACUUAUUCACCGGACCUGAAUAAACUCUUCUGUCAGCUGGCGAAAACUUGCCCCGUUCAAAUGGUGGUGGACGUUGUCCCUCCUCAGGGCUCCGUGGUUCGAGCCACUGCCAUCUAUAAGAAGUCCGAGCAUGUGGCCGAGGUGGUCCGCAGAUGCCCCCACCAUGAGCGAACCCCAGAUGGAGAUAACUUGGCACCCGCUGGCCAUUUGAUAAGAGUGGAGGGCAAUCAGCGAGCAAAUUACAGGGAAGAUAACAUCACUUUAAGACAUAGUGUUUUUGUCCCAUAUGAAGCACCACAGCUUGGUGCUGAAUGGACAACUGUGCUACUUAACUACAUGUGCAAUAGCAGCUGCAUGGGGGGGAUGAAUCGCAGGCCCAUCCUCACAAUCGUCACUCUGGAGACUCAGGAAGGUCAGUUGCUGGGCCGCAGGUCUUUUGAGGUGCGUGUGUGUGCAUGUCCAGGCAGAGACAGGAAAACUGAGGAGGGCAACUUCAAGAAAGACCAAGAGACCAAAACCAUGGCCAAGACCACCACUGGGACCAAACGUAGUUUGGUGAAAGAACCUUCUUCAGCUACAUCCCGACCUGAGGGGAGCAAAAAAGCCAAGGGCUCCAGCAGCGAUGAAGAGAUCUUUACCCUGCAGGUGAGGGGCAGGGAGCGUUAUGAAAUUUUAAAGAAAUUGAACGACAGUCUGGAGUUAAGUGAAGUGGUGCCUGCCUCAGAUGCUGAAAAGUAUCGUCAGAAAUUCAUGACAAAAAACAAAAAAGAGAAUCGCGAAUCAUCUGAACCCAAACUGGGAAAGAAGCUAAUGGUGAAGGACGAAGGAAGAAGCGACUCUGAUUAAGGUGAUGGGAUGCUAAGAGAACGAAAUUGAGAGUUUUGCUCUUUUUGGACUGCCUUUUUUGCUUUUAUUUCAAAAAAAGCUUGUCACGGGUCUUUUAGGGAACUGCGAUACAUGUGAUCCAUUAGUCCUGUUUGUCACGUUUCUUCUUGUUCACUCCACUGGGACCUUUGUUGCUAGACACUGGUUUUGCUGUGUUUUACCAGCACUGGAGAGGAGUAAGACUAGCCUGACGUUUUUCAGACCCGUUAAAUGAACGUCCAGGAAUAAAGUUUACCUGUGAGUGGGGGCUUUUGUAAAUUGUAAUUAUGCCAGUAUUUGGUUGCCUGUUUUGUAAGCAGCAUUUUUUUAAUUUUAUAAAGAAAUAAGUAUUAGACUAAUUGGAAAGAACCAACAGAAUUGGUUGCAAGCCAAUUAUGUAAUAAAAAUACCAAAGCAAAACCGUUUUGUAUCUUUUAUUUUUUUAUGUUUAUUACUGCUGUUCCCAUCUUUGUAUUUUAGCCAACACGAGUAGCUAUCCUUCAUAAUAAGCUUUUAGGUUUAGUACAACCAUUGUUCUUUUCAAUAGAAGUAGUUAUUGAUUUACUCUUGUGAUUGUUGUUGAGUAAUGUGGCACAGAUGAGCUCAUAACUGGCCAGUCUGUUUUGACAUGUGCUUCUGUGUAAGGCUAUGGGUUGGAUGUCUAAAUAUGAGCAAAUGAAAUGUCAAAUACUCAGGGCAUGUACAAGUCCCUCCUGGAAAUCUUGAUCAAACUCUUCUACUGUUUUACCUGCUAUAGAUUUUAUGCUGCUUUUGUUUCUUAUUACUGUAUACACGCAUCUGCCUUUUUAUACAUAUAUAAGCGUGCAUUUAUUUGUAGCUGGCCGAAUCAUUUAUUGUUUUUUUUUUUUAAGUGAAAUGUUUUAAAAUACAUUCUUAAAAAACA